AUGGCGGACCUACCCUCGCAGCACCCCUCGCUCUCGCUGCACCUCGCCGACGACACCCUCACUCCGCUCAUCACGUCCUCGCGGUCCCGCGCGCACCUCGCGUCGCUCACUUCCCUUGCCGCGUCCGCCCUCGUCGGCCAGGCGGCCGCGCAGCGCGUCGGCAUGGGCGCCGUCGAGCGAAUCGUCGUCGAGUACCCGCCAGCGUCAGCCGCCGCCGCCGUCGUUGUGCAGUCGUACCUGCAAGUGCCAGAGGCUGCUGGCGGCGCCGCCGCCGUGGCAGGGUCAGAGGAGGAGCAGGUGCCAAGGCUGGUGGGCGUGGUUGUGGCAAAGAAUUCGCAGGACGCGAAGGAGGCCAAGAGGGCGGCGGCGAGGCUGGAGAAGGUCGGGAGGGAGCUGCAGAGUCGGUGGAGUGGCACGAGCAGUUCUUGA